AGGAUGGACGAAGAUGAGAAAUGGGAUAUGGGAGAGUCAGCAACAUAAGCCACUGUGGACCACCCUUCCCUGAUACCCCAACCAAGCCGGACCUCCUUUCUUUUCAUCUUGACAGUUCCCUGGGUGCUGUACCCAUCUGACCCAUCGCCUCUCCUCAGGGCAGCAGGUGCUGGAGACAGCCACAAGUUAAACCGCCUUGGCAGGAUCAACUUCUACCUUCCAAAAGGUUAUAAGUAAUGGCGGUAGAGGUGCUUGUGAUCAAUUUGAAAUGACUCCCCUACAGUUUCUGAAGCAGGUUAGGAAGGCAACAAAAAGCAACAACGAAGAUUGGCUUCUGGCUCAGCUAGGUUUAGGAUGCUUCCCGGUCAGACGAAUUUCUCCCAAUCGGAUGAAGUUCACCUUGGGCCUGGGGUCGCGGGCCUGGAGAGUGUCCUGGGAACGGGCGGCGGCGGCUGCGGCAGCGGUCCCUGGGGCGGGCGGCGCGCUGGGCAGCGGCUCACUGCGCGUCUCCAGCCGCCGCGGCCCUCGGCUCGCGCGCGCCCUCCCUCUAUGCCUCUCCGGCGGUGGCGGCGCCCGAGCUCUCCCGGACUGUGCCGGGCCCAGCCCCCGCCGCUCCGGCGCCAGGCAGCUGGCCGGCCCGCGCGCGAUGGAGCAGACGUACGGCGAAGUGAACCAGCUUGGUGGUGUGUUCGUCAACGGCCGUCCCCUGCCCAAUGCCAUCCGCCUGCGCAUCGUGGAGUUAGCACAGCUGGGUAUCCGACCCUGUGACAUCAGUAGGCAACUGCGGGUCUCUCAUGGCUGCGUGAGCAAAAUCCUGGCGCGCUACAACGAGACCGGCUCCAUCCUGCCCGGGGCCAUUGGGGGCAGCAAACCUCGAGUUACCACCCCCAAUGUAGUGAAGCACAUCCGGGACUACAAGCAGGGCGAUCCUGGCAUCUUUGCCUGGGAGAUUCGUGACCGGCUACUGGCUGACGGCGUCUGUGACAAGUACAACGUGCCCUCCGUGAGCUCUAUUAGUCGCAUCCUGCGAAAUAAGAUUGGCAGCCUGGCACAGCCAGGGCCAUACGAAGCAAGUAAACAGCCGCCGCCGCAGCCCGCGCUGCCCUACAAUCAUAUCUACCAGUACCCGUACCCCAGCCCAGUGUCACCCACGGGCACUAAGAUGGGCAGUCAUCCCGGGGUUCCCGGCUCAGCGGGCCACGUCAGUAUCCCCCGCUCAUGGCCCUCCGCACAUUCAGUCAGCAACAUUCUGGGCAUCCGGACAUUUAUGGAGCAAACAGGGGCCCUGGCCGGGAGCGAAGGCGCUGCCUACUCCCCCAAGAUGGAAGACUGGGCGGGUGUGAAUCGUGCCGCCUUCUCCACCUCGCCAGCAGUGAAUGGACUGGAGAAACCUGCCUUGGAGGCAGACAUUAAAUAUACCCAGUCGGCUUCCAGCCUCUCCGCAGUGGGCGGCUUCCUUCCUGCCUGCGCCUACCCGGCUUCCAACCAGCACGGAGUAUACAGCGCUCCAGCAGCCGGCUACCUAUCCCCCGGCCCGCCCUGGCCACCAGCCCAGGCACCCCCGCUGGCGCCCCACGGAGCUGGUGUUGCGGUGCACGGCGGGGAGCUUGCCGCGGCAAUGACCUUCAAACACCCCAGCCGAGAAGGGACCGACAGGAAGCCCCCUAGCCCGGGAGGCAAGGCCACGGACGCACUCGGUAGCUUACACGGACUUUCCAUCCCGGCUUCGACCUCCUAGGGGCUGUCCCCUCGUAGAGCCACAGAUCAGCUCAGAGGGGCCGGCCGGACCGCGGCUCUGCUCAUUCGACCUCUGGCUGGCAGCAUCCUGAAGUUGGG